GUUGAAGAAACGAAAACCAAAAAGUCUUCUCCGGCAACUCCGAUCCUCCAGCAGCAAGGUACUCACUUUUAUGAAUUCUUGACAUAUUUAUGUAUAUUACUAUACAACCAAGGUUCUAAUCUGCAUGCCGUCUUAUGUUCCGGUUUAAACACAGAUCAUUUCUCAAUCCGGUUUAUCCCAUCCUGUGCCUCUCCACCCACCAUGGACUUCUUCACUUCAAGCAAAGCUAAGAAAGAUGGCAAAAGAUCAUCAGGACUCUUUGGCAAGAAAACUGUCAGCAAGAGCACUCCGGGCAGCCCUGCUCAUCCCUCCGGUGCUAGAUCCCCGCCACCAUCGUAUCUCUCUAACAAAAGAGCCGAAACAGAGUACGACUUCCCCACCUCCGAUGAACAAAGACCCUACUGGAAACAGCCUGCCUCUGAACGCGUCCCCAACUCCCACCCUAGGCCUCCCGUGUAUGGAUACGGCACGCCCGAGCGUCGUCGAGACCACGGUAGAGACAGAAUGGACGCGAUGAGUUAUGAGCCAGAGACCAACGCUCCUUCCAGCCCAUAUCAUCCAGCUGGAAACCGCACGCCUGAACGUCCUGGGAGAUCAACCGAGUAUCGUCGAGAACACCAGGAUCGAAUGUAUGAAGCAGAUACCCGAAGCGAUGCGAGCCCAUUUCACCCAUUCAGAAGCCCUUCUCCAUCUCCAUACCAAACGCCUGAUCGCCGCAGAGACCACAAUAGAGACCACUACGACGCAAUGUACGAACCUGAGGCCAACACUUUGCUGCAGAAUAACGCUCCGGGGAGCCCAUUUCAUCCAGCUGGAAGCCGCUCUCCACCAUUAUACAGAACGCCUGAUCGCCGUAGUAACCAUGGUAAAGAGCAAUAUGAGGACCUGUACGACCAAGAUGGUGAUGUUACACAGCGAAACAGCUCUCCACCGAGCCCAUUUCAUCCAGCAGCAUACAAAACGUCUGAUCAACGUAGUAACCAUGGUAAAGAGCAAAUUGAGGACUUUUAUGAGCCAGAUGACGAUGUAACACCGCGAAACAGCUCUCCACCUAGCCCAUUGCAUCCAGCAGCAAACCGUUCACCACCACCACCACAACAAUACAGAACGCCUGACAGUCGUAGAAACCACCAGGAUAAUGAGGAAUUUGAGGCAAUGUAUGAGCUAGAUGGCGACGUAAUACAGCGGAAAAGCUCUCCACCGAGCCCAUUGCAUCCAGCAGCAAGCCGUUCACCACCACCACAACCAUACAGAACGCCUGACCGUGGUAGAAGCCACCAGGAUAAUGAGGAAUUCGAGGCAAUGUAUGAGCUAGAUGGUGACGUAAUACCGCGGAACAGCGCUCCUCCGAGUCCAGUCCGUGGACCAUACUAUUCAUCCAGCGACGACGAUAAUCACUCCACCUACCUCUAUCCAGAAAUCCGUAGCCCACUACGUUCCAGGCUCGUAUCAGAGAACAGCACGCCGGUUCACCACAACUACCAGAUAGUUGCAGCCGAAACCUAUGAGCAAGACAAGCAGUUCGAGCCGCCGGAGCUGCCUGACGAGUCACAGAGCUUCACAAUGCAGGAGAUUACCAAAAUGAGAGGACUCAAGAACUACGAAAGCGGCAAGGAAGAGAAUCAAUCAAUGAUAUCCGAGGCUUACGUAUCCGUCGCGAAUUAUAGAGUGAGGCAGAGCGUAUCCGAAACCCUGCAGGCGAUCAUCGACAAGCACGGAGACAUCGCCGCCUCUUCGAAGCUGCAAGCAAUGGCAACUCGGUCAUAUUACCUGGAAUCCCUAGCCGCGGUGGUGAUGGAGCUGAAGAAGACGGUUCUGAGGGAUCUGACGAAAACGCGCGUGGCGGAGAUGGCGGCGGUGGUGAAAGACAUGGAGUCGGUGAAAAUCAACGUGUCGUGGCUGAAGACAGCGGUGGCGGAACUGGCGGAGGCAGUGGAGUACUUCGGGCAGUACGACACGGCGAAGGUGGAGAAAGAGGUGUGCGAGAGAGAUCUGACGGCGAAGAAGGGGGAGAUGGAGGAGAUGACGGCGGAGCUGGUGAAGAGGGAGAAGGAAAUCAAAGAAUGCAGAGAGAAGGUGACGGUGGUGGCGGGGAGGCUAGGGCAGCUGGAGAUGAAAGGUUCGAAAUUGAACAAGAAUCUCGACCUCUUUCAAUCCAAAGUCCACAAAUUUCAAGGAGAAGCCGUCCUUCUCCAUGUUUAGACGGACUUCUUUCUACUGUAACAUUCUCUGGAUCUCAUUGUUCAAUUAUUUUCUAUUGAUGUGAAAUUUUUAUAAAUUUAAAGUUUGGGGCCAUUAGUGUAAUUCUUAAAAAGAUUUAGAGUGGAGGAAGAAGUUUCAGAGUCAAGUCUCAAUACAUUGUAAUAAUAUGC